GCUAUGCGCAGGCGCGGGAAGGCACCGGGACUGGGCUGAGGGCGGGGGACGCGGAGCUACCCGAUCGGUCCGAGAUGGCAGAGGUGGAAGAAACCCUGAAGAGACUUCAGAGCCAGAAGGGCGUACAAGGAAUCAUUGUGGUGAACACAGAAGGCAUUCCCAUCAAGAGCACCAUGGACAAUUCCACUACCACACAGUACGCCAACCUCAUGCACAACUUCAUCUUGAAGGCACGGAGCACCGUGCGUGAAAUUGACCCCCAGAAUGACCUCACCUUCCUUCGAAUUCGCUCCAAGAAAAAUGAAAUUAUGGUUGCACCAGAUAAAGACUAUUUCCUGAUUGUGAUUCAGAAUCCAACUGAAUAAGCCCCUCCCUUGGCUCCCUGUGUUAUUCCAAAGUUUAAUGCCCCCAAGAAGAACAUUAGUCACGCCAGCCCACGUGGGAAUCACCUAAGAGCCCACUUGCACCAAUCUGGUGACCAAGGGUGGGCUGGCCACUCCACCUCCCUCCAAAGGAAUGCUCCAACCUCUCCCAAGUUCCUCCAGGAGGACCCACUCUGAUGGCUUCUGGAAUUUGGAGCAAGAGCUUGUGAGAAGCCACACCCACCUUCCUCCUGACCUUCAGUUCACUUGUCACCCUUGGAAAAGGCUGUUUUUCUUUAACUAAAAAUAACCAAAAUGCUUA